GAGUUGUGAGCGCUGUGUGUAAAUGAACAAACUUUUUUUAGUAUUUUUUUAGCAGACAGGAGUUGCACGCUUCGCAUAAUUGAGGCCGUGUAAAUUUAUCAUCCAGAUUUUUACAAAUUUAGUGUAUAAAUGAUGGAAAAUUGCAUGGUUUGUAAUGAAAAAGCUCCGUUUAAAUGCACGGCUUGUAAACUAGUGAAUUAUUGUGGUACUGAUCAUCAGAAGAAGGAUUGGCCAAAGCAUAAAAUCAAUUGUCGGCCAUUUAAGAUCGAACGAUCAGAUGAGCUAGGCCGGUAUUUGGUAGCUACUCGGAAUAUACCGGCAAAAAGUGUCAUAUUCAUCGAACCACCUUUAGUUAUUGGGCCUAAAUGGUGUAUUAAUGACGAUGAUAAGGGCUCACCGCAUUUCCCAUGUGUGGGCUGCUUCAAACCAACAUUGAUCAAUGGAAAUCACUGCCAAAAUUGUUUUUGGCCUGCAUGUGAUCCUAAUUGCGCUGGACUUACCGACCCUCAAAUGCAUGGAGUCGAAUGUUUCGUUUUGUGCACACGUCGUGGACCAAAUCGAACCUGCAGCUUAGAGACGCUUGCGAAUUUUUACCGAAGUGAUGUGCUGCUUACGCUCAGAUGCAUGCUGUUGCAAUGGAAAUAUCCAGAUCGAUGGGAAAAGGUAAUGAAACUCGAAAGUCAUGAUCAGCAACGUAUUGAAACUCGCUAUUACAAAGAAGCGGAUGAACGAAUUGUCUCAUAUCUAGUAGACAAUUUCUGGGCCGAAUUGGACAAAGUUGAAACGGGAUUGGGCAAGAGGAUUUUCGAAAGACGCGACAAAAAAAUGUUACAUCGAAUUUGUGGCAUUAUGGAGGUGAAUGCGUUGAACAUCGAUUUGGGAAGCGAUAGUAAUGCAGAGGUCAGCGCUCUGUUUGAAAAUGCUUGCAUUUUGGAGCACGAUUGUCUACCGAACUGCUACUAUACAUUCGACCGAAAUAAACAGUUUAAAAUAACUAUGCGAGCUGGCCGACUGAUCAAGAAAGGCGAACACCUGAAAAUCAUGUACACUCACAUGCUCUGGAGUACACAUAUGCGAAACGAACAUCUUCUGACCAAUAAAUACUUUGUCUGCAAAUGUGAGCGCUGUCUUGAUCGAACCGAGCUUGGUACACAUUUCAGUGCGAUGAAAUGUAUCGGUGACAUCGGCAAAUCGUGCGGUGGAACGUUGUUGCCAAAGAAUCCGAUUGACAUGACCUCUGAGUGGUUUUGUGAUCGAUGCGAUGUGUUAAUUUCAAAUGAACAAAUUGAUAUCAUUUUAACAAACAUCGAACAAGAAGUGGACGAUCUAAUGAUGCCAUCCGUAUCGCGUCGCGAUCCCGCAUCAAUUGGCCCAAAAGAUUUUGAAGCACUCAUCGAAAAAUUGUCCCAUUUAUUACACAAAAACCAUUUUCAUUUGUUUGCAUUGAAACACUCACUUAUCCAGAUGUACGGCCACAAGCCAAAUUUCCUGCUCCACGAACUAUCUGAUGAAAAACUUCAGAAGAAAAUAGCAAUGUGUGAGCAAUUACUUGACAUUCUCGAUCAUAUCGAUCCAAAUACAAUGCGACUGACAUUAUAUACGGGCAUCGUUCUGUAUGAGCUGCAUCUGGCGAUUUUGGAACAGGAUCGACGACAAGUUGAAAAAGGUGGCAAAUGCAAUAAAGCCAUUGUCCAAGCGGCCUAUGCAUACUUGUGUCGCGGGAAGGAAGCACUUUCACUCAAUCGGGACAUUAUUCAAGGGCGCAAACUCAUCGAAUCAUUUGAACGAGCCGAAAAAGAUGUUCAAAAUUUACUUACAGCUUGAAACAGUUCUGUGUGUUCUAAGGGGAAAACUAUAAAAGAAAAAAAAUUAAUGAUACUACACAGCAGCAUUGAUUUCACCUUUAAUAACGUAUACAUUUUAGUUUAAUGUUGUACAGUUUGUUGUUGUUCGUUAAAUACAUAUUACAAUCUUGAGAUUGUACAAAUGAAA